AAGGCUCGCGCGCCGGAAGUCGCCCCAGGCGGAAGCGGAAGCGAGGGAGCCUCGGCGAGGUCGCGGCUGGGAGCGGCCGAGCCGUGCCGAGCGCCGCUCCGGGAGGCUCGCGGUGGGCGCGGGAGGAGCAGCGCGGCCGGAGCGGUCGAGCGCGGUGGGGAGCGGCCGCUCCCGGGUAGCCGGUCCCGCCCGCCGCGGCGCGGAGCGGAGCGGGGCGAGCAGCGGGCGCGGCGGCCGGCGGCGGCGCCGCCCGGAAGUCGUCGAGGCCCCGCCCGGAAGUGACCGAGCAACGGGGCGGAAGGGGCCGAAGCGGUGGGGGGAGCCCGAAGGGAGCCGAGCGUCUUCCGGCGGCUUCCGAGAGGAGCCGAGCGCGGCCGGAAAGAGCCGAGCGCCGAGGGGUUAGAACUGAGCGCGGCCGGAAAGAGCCGACGCCGAGUGGAGAGAGCCGAGCGGGUAGAGCCGAGCGUAGCCGGAAAGAGUUGAGCGAAGGGAGCCGAGCGCCGAGCGGGCAGAGCCGAGCGUAGCCGGAAGUAGCCGAGCGCGGCCGGAAGGAGCCGAGCGCCGAGCGGGCAGAGCCGAACGCGGCCGGAAGGAGCCGAGCGCCGAGCGGGCAGAGCCGAACCCGGCCGGAAAUAGCCGAGUGCCGAGCGGGCAGAGCCGAGCGCGGCCGGAAAGAGCCGAGCGCGGCCGAAGGGAGCCGAGCGCGGCCGGAAGCUGCCGAGCGCGGGGCCGGAAGUGGCCGAGCGUUGCCGAGCGGGGGAAGGUGCCGCCGCGGCCUGCGCGGGGUCGGAGCCGCAGCCGCAGCCGGGAGCGGGGCCGAGGCGGGAGCGGGGCCGGCGCCGCCAUGUCCGACUUCGACGAGUUCGAGCGGCAGCUCAACGAGAACAAGCAAGAGCGUGACAAGGAGAACCGGCACCGGAAGCGCAGCCACAGCCGCUCGCGGAGCCGCGACCGGAAGCGCCGGAGCCGGAGCCGCGACCGGCGGAACAGAGACCAGCGCAGCGUCUCGCGGGACCGCCGGCGACGCAGGUCGCCCCUGAGCCUCUCCGGUCCCUUGAGCCGCUCGCCCCGGCACGAGAAGAAGAAGAAGAUCCGCAAGUACUGGGACGUGCCGCCGCCGGGCUUCGAGCACAUCACGCCCAUGCAGUACAAAGCCAUGCAAGCCGCCGGGCAGAUCCCCGCCACGGCGCUGCUGCCCACCAUGACGCCGGACGGGCUGGCGGUGACGCCCACGCCGGUGCCGGUGGUCGGCAGCCAGAUGACGCGGCAGGCGCGGCGCCUCUACGUGGGCAACAUCCCCUUCGGCAUCACCGAGGAGGCCAUGAUGGACUUCUUCAACGCCCAGAUGCGCCUCGGCGGCCUCACCCAGGCGCCCGGCAACCCCGUGCUGGCCGUGCAGAUCAACCAGGACAAGAACUUCGCCUUCCUGGAGUUCCGCUCCGUGGACGAGACCACCCAGGCCAUGGCCUUCGACGGCAUCAUCUUCCAAGGGCAGUCGCUGAAGAUCCGCCGGCCCCACGACUACCAGCCGCUGCCCGGCAUGUCGGAGAACCCCUCCGUCUACGUGCCCGGCGUGGUGUCCACGGUGGUGCCGGACUCGGCGCACAAGCUCUUCAUCGGGGGGCUGCCCAACUACCUGAACGACGACCAGGUGAAGGAGCUGCUGACCUCCUUCGGGCCACUCAAGGCCUUCAACCUGGUGAAGGACAGCGCCACGGGGCUCUCCAAGGGCUACGCCUUCUGCGAGUACGUCGACAUCAACGUCACCGACCAGGUGAGGCCCCCCCGGGCCCCCCCGGGGCUCCCCGCCGCCCCCCCGCCCCGCUUCGCGCUUCUCCUUCGAUUUUGGGGCUUUAUCUUCGUGGAGUUCACCUCGGUCUUCGACUGCCAGAAGGCCAUGCAGGGCCUGACGGGCCGCAAAUUCGCCAACAGAGUCGUCGUCACCAAGUACUGCGACCCCGACUCCUACCACCGCCGCGACUUCUGGUAGCCGCCGGGCGGGGGGCGCGGCGGGGGGGGGGGGGGGGCGCCGGGGGGGGCCGCCCCCGCCCCCGCUCGCCCUUUUUACGUUCUCCCCCCCCCUCCCGGUUCCGGUUCCGUUUCCGUUUCUCCUCCUCCCGCUCGGUUUCACCGCGCGCCCCCCCCCCGUGCCCCCCCACCCCGCCCCGCUCCAGCGCUGGUUUCUCACGUAGUCGCGGUCGCCUCCGUCGCCCCCCCUGCCCCCCCCCCGUCUCUCUGUGGCGUUUCGUAGCGGCGAAGACGAGCCCCCCCCGGCCCCCCCCCCCGCGGUGGGACGGCGGCGGAGGUGCCCCCCCCCGCCCCCCCUAAUUAAACGAUUUUUCCAAUUC